AUGGCAAAGGUCAGUGCGGGUGGAUCGCGUGCACAACAGGACACAUUCAUACAAAAUGCCAAGAAAACUAUUGUUCUUGUCGAGGAGAUCAGAACGACUGAGAAGGAAUUAUUCAAAAAGGCAAAAAGGUGGGUUCAAUCCAUCCAAUCUGCAGCUCAUAACGGAAUAUCUCUUUAUGAGGCUUUCAAAACAGUCAAUAACAAAUUUACAGACAGCGAUGUGAGUAACGUCCAACGUGUCUGUGGUGCACUGUCACAGUGUGGCGACGUGAUUGAGAACUUUGUGCAAAUACUUGACCACCUCCAAAUAGAGUUGGACAAAACCAUAUGUAAUCCUCUUGCAGACUUGAUUGAAGGAGAACUCACUCUUGCAGCUCCACACGUCGAAGCGACACCAAAAGGUGGCGCAUCCCCUCCUAAAUUGUCACAAACAAUUGCAACCACACAACUUGCUAUCAAUCGAUUUGAAAUAGUUUCGUUGAACAUCUUUUCUGAUGUGUUGAAGACGUUUAGUGUCAUGGACGAAGGUAUGAAGACACUCAAACUCUACAAACAAAGCGGAGAACAAGUCAAAAAAGACUCUGAAAAUUUGAGUGCCGCUUAUGUUGAGUGUUGCAAGACCGAUCCAACCCUUUACAGAAAUUACUUUGGGAUAUCUUUGAUUGAUUUACUUAACGAGGAAAAUCGGAUGAACGUCCAAAUUCCAUGGGGUCUUGAAAAGGCAUUGAAGUACUUAUUUGACAAAGGGUUAGACAAAGAAGGACUUUUCAGACUGAGUUCUACAUUAGAGAGAGUGAACUACAUGAAAAUAAAGUUUUUGGCAAUUACUUACUCAAACGAAGAUCCUUAUUUAGUCGCAAAUGUCGUUAAAACCUUUUUAAAAGAGAUACCUGGGUGCUUGAUACCCGAGAAAGCGAUUUAUACUUUUGAGAAGUGGGAAAAGAAACUGAAAGAAAUAACAAACAAAGACGGCAAUAUUGAUCCAGAAAAAGAAGAGAAAUUGUUGUCUACAAUUAACAUUGAGAUGGUUGCGUCUAUACCUAUGGAGAAUUAUACAUGUUUGAAAUAUAUGAUAGCAUUAUUGUACCAUCUGUCGUUGAGUGAGAAGUCGAAAAUGAAUGCAAACACUAUUGCGAUAUGUAUUUCCCCAUCAAUGUUCUAUUCUUAUCCAAAUAUGCAAGGAAAAGACCUUCUGGAUUUUAACAUGCGAAUGAACAACAUCUUUGCUUUCAUUUUAACACACACAAAAACCAUUUUCCCUUCAGCAAAAAGAUGUUUCUCACGUCGGCAGAAGAGUGUCUUUUACAAGCAAAAAGAUGCAGAAGGCCAGUUAUUAUCAUGUGCGUCAUCAUCUUCCCCACAAUUUACUACUCCACAAAAAAGUCAACAAAAAGAAAUGCGGCAGUCGACUCCAAACACUUUUGCUAAGAUGCAGUCACAAUUCCAAACCCAAGAACAUAGUCCAGACACUUCACAGAAUUCAUUCAUAGCGCGACACAGACAAUCGACGAUGCUGUCUAAACGGUCAAAACCAAAUCAAGCGUUCCAAACCCCAAUUCUAUCAUUGCGUAAAGAAAGCGAAGUCGAAGCGAGUUCCCUUGCAGAUGCUCAAAUCGUCCCCGAAGACAAAAGCAGUUCAUCUGAUACAAAUGUGUUCGACAAAAAAGACGACAACAUUAUCAACUUCCUCUGA